AUGGCUUCCCUAAAUGCUUCUCAAGAAGCCCUUCGCGAUAACAUUCGAUUCUGCCAGCAGCAAAUGGAUACGCAUAACCUUAACGACCCAAGACAACAAGAAUGGGGGAACUCAAUGGGAGAAAUGAAAGACCAGUUGAUGGAUUCAUCAGGUCAAGGAAGCAGCGGGAGUGGAGAUUCUAGUCCAUCUUAUGCAAGCCUGUCGUUGGGACACGGCGAUCGUGGGAGGAAACGAGAUAGAGACCACGAUCCGGUCGAGCUUCAGUAUCUUGGCAUUCGUGAAGCGAAGUCACAGAAGACUACGCCGAGUCCAAUUCCGAUGGUACUGCCGGGGAUUAUGGACACUGGCAAUGGGGGAAGCUCGUAUGGGUAUCUUCCGCGACUAAGGGAUCCUGGAUUAUCUCGGUCUACGCCAAAUUUGGUCAACCUCAUUGACCGAGAGAAUGAGAUGGGGCGAAUUUCAAGCAAUAAUCUGCAGGAAUCCCAGCUAUUCAGGCAUAUGCAGCCCUCACAUGUAGUGUUACAACAAUCACAAUGGUCCCCCAAAGAUAUAGAUAAUGAAAGGACUUCGAAGCCCGACGAGGAAAUAGCCAGGGCCCUCCAAGAUCUUUAUAAUAAUCCCGAAUACUCUUCAAGUGAUUUCGGGGAACCCGGUCGUUCAGAACAACAGGUUGCGGAUUCUCCCUUUUCUUCGCCACUGAGACCAGCUAGAAGCCAGAUGUAUCCUUAUUCUCAGCCUUCAAAUUCUAUCGCCCCCCAAAAUCGGCAAAUUAUUGAAGUUGAUGAUGACGAAAAUGAUAACGAAAAUGGUUAUUACCCAAACGGGGACUUACGGCUACCGCCCAUGCGAACAAAUGGAACAUAUGAAACACCAAGAAAUACUGAUCUAACCAGCUACCAGCCGGCUCGAUGGGGAAUUUUUGACCAUGAAUUCGACUAUGAUUUAGAACCGGUUAUCAAUGAUCCAUCACUGGCAAUCGUAGAUAGUCAGGGCAAUUUGCUUCAGGAUUUGGGUAAACAGUAUAAUGAUGACUGGCCUGUACCUAAUUCUCAGUCUCGUUACAAACCCGAAAUCCAUAGGUACAUCGACCACAUCCGUCACGAUCCCACCAAAAGUUUAGAUGAGAUCAAGACUUUGAUGGAAAAUAUCCGACCUGAUAUGGAAAUACCCCCAGAGGACCGCGAGGGGACUCCUCCAGAGAUGACCUACCCGCUUAUGGAGCAUCAAAAGCUUGGCUUGGCUUGGUUGAAGUCAAUGGAAGAAGGAAGUAACAAGGGCGGAAUCUUGGCGGAUGACAUGGGCCUUGGGAAAACGAUACAGGCACUAGCACUCAUGGUUUCCCGAAAAUCUACCGACGAGGCCAGGAAAACCACGCUGAUCCUAACACCUGUUGCACUGUUGAAACAGUGGGAGAGAGAGAUUAAGGUAAAACUAAAGCCUGAAAAUAGCUUGAAGGUUUGUAUCCAUCAUGGCACUAGCAAAAAGGCCAAGUCUUUCGCAGACCUUGCAAAGUUUGAUGUUGUUCUAACCACCUUCGGAACCGUCGGUAAUGAAUAUAAAAAGAAACAGCUCUGGGAAACUCAAGGGCGUGAGGGUUCUCCUCCAGGACUCUUUUUUAUCGGUGAAGAGAGCAAGUGGUAUAGGGUCAUUAUUGAUGAAGCUCAAUGCAUUAAGAACAAAGACACUCAGUAUGCGAGGGGCUGCUGUUCCAUUGAUGCCGAAUAUCGACUUUGCUUGUCCGGAACUCCAAUGCAAAACAGUUGCGAUGAAUUAUUUUCACUCGUCAGGUUCCUCCAGAUCAAGCCGUAUAAUGAAUGGCCUGAAUUCUCAAAGAACUUCUCGAAACCACUCAAGGGCAAAAACGAGCUCUCUAUCACUGCAGCGAUCAGAAAGUUACAGGCACUGAUGAAGGCAAUAUUGCUUCGCCGGACAAAAUCGUCAAUGAUUGACGGCAAACCUAUCCUCACACUACCGGAAAAGACAAUCGAGAUGGUGCAUGCUGUUUUUAGCCCGGACGAACAAGCCUUCUACCAGUCUCUCCAGGAUAAAUCGGUUCUUGCAUUCAACAAAUAUCUUCGUGCUAAUACUGUGGGAAGAAACUAUUCGAACAUCUUGGUGCUUCUUUUACGCUUGAGGCAGGCAUGUUGUCAUCCGCAUCUUAUAAGGGAUGCCGAGAUGACGAAUAAUGAGCCAGUUGAUGAUAGAAUGGGUCAGCUGGCAAGAGAAUUAGCACCAGAUACCGUAGCUAGACUCAAGGAUUUUGACGCGUUCGAGUGCCCAAUUUGCCUUGAUGCCGACGAAAACCCUUCAAUAAUUAUACCUUGCGGUCAUGCGUUCUGUUCCGAAUGUCUCGCUAGACUCCACACUCAGCAUAUAGACUCGACCAUUCAACAGGGCGAUGAGGAUAAGGGGGGAUGCAGAUGUCCUAAAUGUCGGGGCGAGAUAAAUGUGGACAGAGUGAUUAACCUGGCCACUUUCCGUAAAGUUCACCAACCAGAAACCUUAAAACCUGGCGAUAAAGAUCAGAAUCCGGAGGAUGGUGACCUGAUUUUUGAUACGGAUGAUGAUGAUGAUGAAGAAGAUGAAGAGGAGGAUGAUGAUGAAGAUCUUGUGGAUUUUGUAGUUCCUGAUUCGGAAGAAGGAACGGAUGAUGGUCUUGAAACUUCUGAUCGUAAAAAGCCCGCUAAGAAGGCUCCGAAGAAAAAGGAUGCUAAGGGCAAGGGAAAGGCGAAGGUGAAAGCCCCGCCAAGGACUCUCGCGGAGGUUAGAAAGGAUGCCAUGAGAAAUGCUAAGAGCAAGAGGCAAUAUAUGAAGCAUCUCCAGAAACGGUGGAUAAGUAGCGCCAAGAUUGACAAAUGUGUCGAAAUUCUCGAAAGCGUUGAACGAAACGAUCCAACGGAGAAGACGAUCGUUUUCAGCCAGUUUACAUCACUAUUGGAUCUUAUUGAAGUGCCGAUUAGUGCUAGAGGCUGGAAAUACAGGCGUUAUGACGGCGGAAUGUCGAGCACACAUCGCAAUCAAGCCCUCUUGGAUUUUACAGAUAAGGCCGAAGUUAACAUCAUCUUGGUCAGCCUCAAGGCGGGUAACUCCGGCCUGAAUUUGGUUGCUGCAUCUCAAGUUAUCAUUCUGGACCCGUUUUAUAAUCCCUUCAUUGAGAGUCAGGCUAUCGACCGUGCACAUCGAAUCGGUCAACAGCGCCAGGUCUUUGUCCACAGACUUGUUGUAGAGAAGACAGUCGAGGAUCGUGUUCUUGCGUUACAAGAUAAGAAAAGAAAAUUGAUUGAGGGUGCUCUUGAUGAAAAUGCUUCCAAGGGCAUUGGCAGGUUGAAUUCGAGAGAUUUGGGAUUCCUAUUUGGUGUCCAAAUUCAUGAUUAA